GACACAGGAAGACUCUGGAUACAACUUAAGACCAUGGCAGCAUACUGGAGGAGAAUCCUGAUAAUAUUUGUGACAGCUCAAGUACUGUUUGUGGUAAAUGCCUUUGAGGAAGAAGAUGUACCUGAGGAAUGGAUUCUUCUUCAUGUUGUCCAAGGCCAGAUUGGAGCGGGAAACUACAGCUAUUUAAGACUAAACCACGAGGGAAAAAUAGUCCUUCAGAUGCGGAGUUUAAAAGGUGACGCAGACUUGUAUGUCUCUGAUGUGACACUUCACCCCAGCUUUGACGAGUACGAGUUACAGUCAGUAACCUGUGGCCAAGACGUUGUCCAUGUGCCUGCACACUUCCGCCGCCCCGUGGGAAUAGGGAUUUAUGGCCAUCCCUCUCACCUGGAGAGCGAGUUUGAAAUGAAAGUGUACUAUGAUCGAACAGUGGUACAGUACCCCUUUGGUGAGGCUUCUUACAACCCCGAGGAGAUGGAGGCAAACCAGAAGUACUCACAGUCUACAGAAGAUGAAUCUCAGGAUGAGGAAUCUGUUUUCUGGACUAUACUUAUUGGAAUCUUGAAGUUAAUACUUGAAAUUCUUUUUUAGAUUGAUACACACUGGACUAAGUCACACUUCAGCCUGUGGAAUUGAAUAUGAAUGACUUGCCGUGAUAUUUAAUACUCUUUGUUAUGUUUCCUGAAGAGGUAUUCAGGUUACAUUUCUUAAACCAGAAAGGAAGUGGGGGAAAAAGCCAUAUUUAAUUUUAUAUUGUAAAUCCUCCCCUAUAUGUAAAAUGAGCAGAGAGCACAGUAUUUGCAGUGCUCUUCAGAGAUCAGGGCUUAA